AUGGCAGCGGUCGCUUUCCGCCUCGCGUGGCUUCUUGUGGUCGACGUUACCCGCAUCGCUGCCAUUCGAGACAUGGAGACAUCGGAGACAUCGGAGACAGCUUCAGCAGCUUCAGAUCUCGUUGAGGCCUUGGAGAACAGGGAAAACCGAGGCUUUUCUGCUGGUCCUCCAGUGGAUUUGGACGGAACAGUUGCCAAGAAAGGAUGGGAAUGCGGAAAGCCGGAGAAGGAUGUCCCAAAUCGAGAGUUGGUGAAGAAUGCCAAGAGAAAGGCCCAGUACUUGAUCUACAAAUGGCUGAAGAAAGAGGUGUGCCCUCUUCAGCACUCGCAAUUUUGGCGCGCCAUGCGGCCUUGGGAUAACGGCAAACAGGAGCGCGGUGAGCUGUGCAAGUCGACCAUCACUGAUGCUGAAGAUUCCCUGGGCUGCAUGCACUUCAAGUGGGAGUUGGACGAAGGAAACUGCGGAUGGCACGAUGGCAGGGACCGCCGAGGCCGUCCAAGGAUUUUCCCAACCAUCAGAGGAAAGGCAACGGUACUUUGCAGUGAUAUCAUGAAUGCGACAGUUCUCAAGUCCUACCCCCUUGAUCACUGGUAUGACAGCGACAACAUUGCUUGGUUUCACGUUUGA